AAAUGAUAUAGAACAGGUCGUUUUUUUUUUUGCUUUAGCGAAACUUGCGCUACACUUAAUCAUUUCAUGAAUAUAAGUGUUUACCAACCAAUGUAAUUUUGAUUAUUUUUAUAAAUCGUCAAUAUUCUACAAUAUCGACACUUAUUGAAUGUUUGUAUUGUCUCCAACCCAUUUGCUCUAAGGCUCUUUCACAUUGCCGAUGGCCCCAGCACAUUACCGAUGGCUCGAUCACAUUUGAAUUAAUGUAAGUAUUUUAUAUUUAGCCAAGCUUUUUGAAAUAUUGUUUGUGUGGAGCAAAAUAUGAGGUAGGCGCAAUGUUACUUGGCUAUUAUGUGGGUCAACAUAUACUUACUUUAUGGUAGAGAAAUCACUCAAAAUGUGUCUCCUUGCGAAAGAAAAAACACGAGUUGAUUUUUGGUAAACGUUCUAGCAACGUCAUUUUGGGGUAUUGGGUACCGGAAUUGCAUCCCAAAGGACGAGAAAAAUGUUCUACAUUACAUGGCAUUCUUCGAUUUUUGAAAAAAACAAGCAUGUUCUUAAAAGUUGGAUAUUUUUAGAAACUGUGUAUACCUUUUACAGUUUUGUUUUUGUCGAUGGCUGUACAACGGAACUGUGGAGGGCUCUCAUUUAAACAGGUAACCAAAAUGUAAAAGAUCCACUAUUUAGUAGGCGUGCUUGGGCAGCUCUGUGUCCAUAAUGGGAUGUAAGAGGUAUACGUAAACCAUUUAAGACUUCUCAGGUUGUUGAAAAACAGGCAAAUGGUGCUAUACAUAUAAAAGCAGAAAUCCAGGAUGCCACUCUUCAUCCUUGCAUAGUGUGCAAGAAAUGAUAGCAGGCUGCUGUAAUCAAGCAGAUAGGAAAAAUAGACGUUUAGUGGUGAGUGCCCUGAACUAAAAAUAUAGUUAAGGUUUACAAAGGAGAAAGGACUUCAUUUGUAUCUUUGUAUAUUUUUGUUUAAAUGGCUUUUACACAUUCAGAAGUUUUAACUACAAUUAUACUUCCUCUACAUUGGCCUAUAGACAAAUAAUAUCUUAGAUUGUUCGCCAUAUUUGAUUUUCUUUAUUCUGGUUUUGUCUCUUUAAAUUGUCUUUACCAGUAAUUGCUUUGUGAAAAAAUUCAGGUUUAUCAUAUCUUUAGAAUAUUAUUUUGAUAUAGUAUCCAUUACCAAGCAGUUUAACCGGGAUUUUAGUUGUUACUUUAAAUGGCCAUUUCAAUAUCGAGUGUUUCAGUUUGGUACUCACAUUUAUGGGAUUCAGCAUGCGUAAAAUAUGUAUAAGUACACCAAGACACUACAAAAAGCUUCUAGCAUCUUAUAGUAUUCCUCUUCAGGGCUAAAUUCCUAAAAUAAGUCCUGUCUAUAGCAUUUUUUGUGUAUUUAUUAGUGUAUUAUACACCAAAUGUGAUACUAUCAAAAUUAAAAUAUUUAGAUAAAAUAGGGAAGCUUCAAAGGGAAAAGAAUAAAGAUAAAUGUAUCAAUAUUUGUUUAAAGUCAAAAAUACAGAUGAAUUUAAAUAAACAAAAAUAUUAGCAUGUAAUUUCUGUAAAACUUGUUUUAAAAACAAUAUGUUGUUUGCAUAUUUUCAUAAUAAAACAAUGAUCAUGUUUUGAAUUUGUUUUAUAAACACUGGUUUGUUUACAUGACAUCUUAUUAUAUGAUAUUUUUUCUAACAGAGCUAGGCAUCAACCAUAUUAAUUAAAUACACUGGGAAAACUUACGAGUGAUGGACAACAUAGUGUUUAACAAAUUCUAGAAGGCCAAAGCUGUACAAAAAAGUCAACAUGUCUGACAAUCCCACUGAAAGAACUUAUUUUUUGCAAACAAUUUCGAUGUAUAAAGAACUUGUUAGAGAGGUCAUUUUAAAGACCUUUCAAUUUGCGAUACACUCCGAGGACAUUUCACAAUUUUUAUCUUCACAUGAAACUAAAAUAAAACUUCAGGAGUUUAUAAGAAAUGGAAUUUUUAACAAAGCUGAUUCUAACAAACUGCAAACACUUAAUCCGAAUCCAGACAAGUUUGAUAUUGCUUUAUUGAUCAAACUUAUUAUCUACCUUGGUGAUAUUGAUGAACCAGAACGCGGAUGGCACACAGACCCUAAUCCUACAGAUGAAUCGACAGGAGCUGAUCUCAUUCGGUUAAAAAAUAUCAGAAAUAAGUUGCUAGCGCAUGAUCCAAAUGAAGCUAAGUUAUCAAAGGAUGAAUGUGAAAGAGUCUUUGCUAAAGUGAAAGCAAUCUUAACGAGAAUUCUUGCAAAGAUUGACCACGAGUCAAAGGAAAGUUUGAAUGAGAGACUUUUAGAGUACAGACAACUAAAUGUGGUUACAGAAAAGUCUGAAAUAAAACAAUACAUUGAGGAACUUUCUGCUGUUUACAAAAACAAUGAAAAACGUAAGAAAGAGGUUGAGGAAUUGGUGAAAACUGUCAAAGAAUUGAAGCUAUACUUCGAGAAAACUCCUGAGUUGUAUGUUAGAUAUGUAAAACUUCUUUACGAAGGGGGGCGUGUUGUCUUACAUGGAUUUCUCGAAAAAGAGGUUGCCAAAGUUGAAAAAGAUUUGGCAACUCUUUUGUUUGAAAACAGACCUACUCUGAUGGUACAGGUCCAUAGCGAUUUUCACGAAAAAAUGUUUGGAGGAAACAACAACUACCAAUUAGACCCUGCCAGUUGGGACAUUGAUCUUCUUGCAUCCGUUAUAGUUAUUCUUUCUCCAAACCUUUCUGAAGACGAUGCCAGUAACAUAAGGGUUAUACAGAAUGCACGACGAGAUUACUUAGAGCAUGCUUUGAUUUCUUUAGACAGUGCUGACUUUAUUCCAUAUUGGACUGACUUGGUCAGUAGUUUGACUAGCUUAUCAGCGUCGCUUGAAAGAGGAAAGAAAUCUGAAGUCAAGUGUCUUAUUGAUCGAUAUAAAAAUAAAUCCGAAGAUGCAGAUGCUGAUCGGUAUUUCAGAGAAUUGACUAAUUCUCGGGUUACUACCAAAACACUUAAAGACUUUUAUAAAGAAACAGUUGCACGAUUAGUGAAGUAUUUGGAAGAAUUGGAAGAGAAUGGGCAAAAAGUCAAAAAAGAAUAUUUAAAUCUUGACCUCAAACUAAUGGUUGAUUGCAAAAACGAAAAGACAAGAGAGCUGGUAGAAGACGUUCUAGAGGAGCAUUUCAAAGCCUCCCUGGCAAAAUCUAAAAAAACGGUUAAUUGCAUUCGGGAGCAAACCGACAGCUUAUUACAUAAAAUAACAGCAAACCCAACUGUUACAAUUACCGGUGUGAAAAGAGGCUGUAUAAUUCUGUCAUUUAGAACCUCAACAAUCCAUGGACUUUUGUAUCUCAUACAACUUUUUGAAAGUCAACAAUUUCGAUCUAUUCUUGAUAGCUUAUCAGCCGAGUUGUAUUAUCUUUAUGGAGAAACAUGUUUAUUGCACGGGCAUAUUCCCUUCGAGUGUCUUGACAGAGUUCUACAACAGUUCAAGGUUUCAGACUCUAGAGAAACAAAACCAAAUAAAGGUGUUAGUCUACAGAUUCAAUGCUCCUCGAUUGAAGGAAUUCAGCACGUUUUGUCUGUUGCUGGAGAUGCAUCAUCUGAAAAAAGCUUAAUUGACAUCUCUGACAAGAUUUCAAGAGAAAUCAAAGAAUCUAUUUCAGUAGAUAUCGUACCUGAUAUCCUGACGAUAGGCGAUGUUUCGAGAAUGGAAGAAAUAUUCGAAUACAAUGGCACAAGAAACGUGGAUAAAAAUGCUACUGAAAUGUAUGUCGAUGACACAAAUUCAGAGAUGGCACAUCGACAAGUAUGGACUUCAAACCAGACACCGAGAAAACGCAGGCACUCCAAUGUCCUUGAUUCGUUCGAUUAUGAUGUACAAAAUUAUGAAAUUUACCAAAAAGUUUUAUCUGAAGGUGUAGAAAAAGAUAAUUCCAUUCGUGUAAAUGUUGUUGGUAAUUUCGCCCAAGGCAAGACAUCAUUGGUCAAUAUUCUUGUUGGAAAAGAUUUGGAGAGUGUUCAAAGCACCAAUAGUGUUGAGAUAAGUAGCUGUAAAUACUCUUAUGAUCACGAAGGUGUUAAGUUUUGUUCACAGAUAUCUUCAUCGGACGACAUCAAAUACCAAAGGUUUUGUGGGUCAUUCGAACAUAUUUUGAAAGUUGGGAACAAAUCAAAUCAAAGUACCGACAAUUCAAAACUUAUCAAAUUAAACGAAGAAAGUGGAAGCUUGCAAGGAAACAUCAGAAGAACAGGACUAAAGAAAUAUAUUGGAAAUUGCUCACCUAAAUCAAGAGAUUAUCGUGAAGUUUCAAGAUUGCUGCCAUAUGACCCCUUGGAUGCUGAUGGAGACGUACAUUUCUGGGAUUUUGGGGGUCAGUUUGUCUUUUAUGCAACACAUACCUUAUUUCACAGUAAGGCUUCUGUUUAUCUCAUGGUUUUCGAUUUAACCAAAUCGUUAUCUGAUGUUAUAGAGGAUCCUGAAUUUCCAAAUGAAUCUGUAGGAAAAAGCAUACAACAGAGUGCAGAAUUCUGGAUCAGAUCUAUACAUACUUACGUUGGAUCCGACGAUGGUUUACAACCUCCAGUCAUUCUAGUAGGUACUCAUAAAGACUUACUCAAAGGCAAUGAAAACAUGAAUCAGAACUCUGCAGACCAUUAUUUUGAAGAAAUAAGGAUGCUUUUUGAGGAUACGCCAAUGAUCAAUCACAUUCAGGGAAAGCAUUUCACUGUCGAUUGCACCAAUCCUUGCGACGGUAGUAUUGGUGAACUGCGGAAAGAAAUUAUACGUCUUGGUUCUAGUUCUAAUUUACAUGGACAAUUUAUUCCUGCAAGGUGGUCACCUCUUGAAAAAGAAUUGCUUGCAAAGAAACAUAAGAACAUAAUUCUGUAUAGCGAAGUCGUGGAAAUUGAUGAAAAAAACGAGUUUCCGCUAAAAGACGAAGAAAAAAUAAAACAAUUUCUCCUCUAUCAUCAUACAAAAGGAAACCUAAUUUACUUUGACGAAGAACCACUAGCAGCAUACGUUGUUCUGGACACGCAGUAUGUUAUUGACGCAUUUAAAUGUAUUAUAACAUCAGAGAGAUUUUGCAAGAGAGAACCAACAUAUCGCCCUCUUUGGAAGACUCUUAGACAGGAAGCAAAGUUAAACAUGCUAUUGCUGGAGAAAGUUUGGAGUACCGAUGCUAAAAACAACUUUCUGGAACACAAAGACGUGCUACUGAUGCUGAUGAAAAGAACUCAUAUUAUUUUGGAAGCAUUGAGUUAUGACGACGGAACUGAAGAGACUAAAGGACUUGGGUGGUAUGUUGUACCAUGUUUUCUUCGCUCAUACAGAACUAAUAAUACUCUAAAAGAAUUUGUCACCGGAAGACAACAGACUAUGCUGAAGUUUGUAAUGUCCUUUAAUAUCUACCCGGUUGUGGAAUUAGUGUACUAUCGUGUCAUUGCAGCUUUGAUUGGAAAAUGGGAGAUUGUGUCCGUUCAAGUUUCCGAAUUGGAGAAGCAGGUGUUACUGUUUGAUAAUCUGGGUGUAUUCAAACUUGAUCGUCAGCAUGUCGGAAUAAUUGAACUUCACCAAGGUUCUAUUGAUUUACGGGUGCAAAACCUUUGUAAUUCGGGUAUUAGUGCUGCUAUUGUCGACUUGUUUCGGCGAUUUGUGGUUUCAAACGUCAUGAACGAAUUCAGAAAACAUAGGCAGACGUCAACAAUGCGAAGAACCCUCUUUGAGAUAUGCUUUAAGUGCAACCACGAAAGUCACGGCUUAGAUGGAAGUCAACAGACUGUGUCAGUUGAAGACCUUAAAGGAACAAUGGUUGAACCAUGCCCAGAUAUCGUGAGUGGUCAUACAAUAAACACACGAAAGGCACUUUAUGAAUGGUUUCCAGAUGACCUGAACAUAGAUUGGAAACUGAUUUGAGGAAAUAGCAUCCAAAAAUAACAUCAAAGUAGCGAAAAAGACAAGUAAGAAUUUAUAAAUUUGCCUCGGCAAGUGUCGGAGAAAUUUUUUAAAACUUUGAUCGAAUUAGCAGAACACUUAAUUAAAUAAGUUAACUCAUGGACUGUGUUUUUUGUUUUAUAUAUAUAUAUAUAUAUAUUAACCCAAGAUAUUUUUCCAGAAUGUAAAUGUGUUGAUGGUAUAAUACAAAUCAUACUUUUUGUUUUAUAUUUUAUUUAUAAUUUAGAUAUAAUAAGCUAAUUUAUCAGUUUCCUAUGAUUUAUAGUUUUCCUUCGUUAUUGAAGGUACUGUGCGUGAAAUCUAAGAGACUAAAUAUGACAAUGACUGCGUUACUCAGAUGAGCAGAAAAGUCGUACCGUAUCUGAUUUGAAGAUAAAAAAGAACAUUUUAUCAUUAGAAAUAAUGAGUGUUACAUUUUAGUUAAAUCGGGUAAAGAAUAAUAAUAAAAUAUAUAAAUACAAGAAAGGUUGGCGUUCAAAGUUCAUAUUUGAUUAAAAAUUAUAACCAUAUAAAUGAAGAUUUAGAAACAUAACGUUUACGACAGAAAUGAGAAGUUGAUAGAAAUUUGAUAGUUAUAGCCCGGGGGUCAAUAUUGGCCCAGCCCAAGGGGGUCAUAGGUUUUCCUUAUAUGUAUAUAAUAAAAACUAAAAAUUCUUCUUGUCUGAAAGUACAAGACUUAGAGCUUAGAUAUUUGGUAUGUAAUAUAACCUAUAGGUCCUCUACCAAAGUUGUUCAAGUUAUAGUCCUGGGGGCAAAAUUGGCCCCGCCCCAGGGGUUAAUAGGUUUUCCUUAUAUGUAUAUAGUAAAUACUUAAAAAAUUCUCUUGUUUGAAGGAACAAGGCUUAGAGCUUAGAUAUUUAGUAUAUAAUAUAAUCUAUAGGUCCUCUACCAAAGUUGUUCAAAUUAUAGCCCUGGGGUCAAAAUUGACCCCGCCCCAGGGGGUCAUAGGUUUUCCUUAUAUGUAUAUUCUAAAAACUUGAAAAUCUUCUCCUUUGAAUUGACAAAGGCUAGAGGUUAGAUAUUUGGCAUGUUGCAUUGUGUAGUUGAACUCUACCAAGAUUGGUUCAAAUUAUAGCCCUUGGGUCAAAUUUGAAUUAAGACCUGGUAACUUCACUUUUGUAUAUCAAUUGCAUUUAGUACCCAGGUGAGCGCGUUUGGGCCAAUGGCCCCCUUGUUUUAAAAUGUGAACGACAACAUAUGUGUAACAACUCUGCGAGUAUCCGAAAAAAAACCUCUCAUUCAUUAUUCCUUCCACGUUCGCCACUAUGUGAAAGAUUGUAAACCCUAGAAAAAAUUGAUGUAUGAACUAUUAUAUCUAAUCACAUACUUUGAUUUAUUUUGUUUUACUCUAAUAAUAUGUUUUUUUAGAAUACAUGUAUUUAUAUUUUUUAUGGACCGGCAACUUUACAACUUCUGAAAUAUUUUGAUAUAAUUGAUUUUUUAUGAAAAUGUAGAAGGAAAGUAAAGUACAGCUGUGUUAGCAUGUGUAUUCAAUAAGCUCAGCACGAAUUACAGAGUUUUCCUUCCUAUAAUUAUUGUUCAUGUUGAAAAAAAAUUGACCAUUGGAAAUAAAAUAGUCGGCUAUAAUCGAAAAAAAGACAUAAACCAUUGGGUUAAUUACCAUAAUGUUUGUAUCUUAUUAUAUAAUAAUUUUUCAUAUUUUAUAAAUGUAACAUUUUGUUUGUUGAAAAUCAUGCCAGCAGUACCUAUUGAAAAUAUCAUUGUUGCACAUUUGAAAAAGCAACGUAUUUGUACAUUUUAACAAUUAGCUUUUUAUAUUUAUUUUCUCACAUCACAGUUAUUUAAGAUUGUUUUUUAUCAUGGCGUGCUUAAGAUGAUUUCUGUGUGAAUAUUUAAAGAAAUAUUUAGCUGUGAGUGACAUAAAAUGUUAAAGUACCAUGCCUCCAGAAUCAUGCUUAUUUUCAUGAAAAUUUUGAAAAAUGUUUUUUUAAUGAGGAAAAUAUUUGAAGAGAAAAAAGACAUUUUACACGUUGCAAAUGACACUUACGUUCAACUUAAAUUACCCAAAAGAGGUCAAAAUAAGCAAGCCCUUACUGCCUUAUUCACGCAUUAGAAAUAUGGGAAUACAUACAGCAACUGCAAGAUCCGUCCUUAGUCGCACAUAGCAUGACUGAAUCAUGAAUCUUUUUUCUUUUCUUAAACUCUUAAUACGUUUCCCUCAAGUUUAUUUUUCUUGAAAUAUUUGGGCUAAUCUGGAGGCAUGCAACUUUAAUUGAUGUGUUGUAAAUUUGAAAGAAGUGGUUUUUUAUUAUACAAAUCCAUUAUUUUUUUGUGUACUCAGUGUAUAUUACUAAAAUCACUUAAAACAUAAAAUUAACCUCGGCAUAAGUCUAUAAUUAUUAUAUCGUUUGUCAAUUAAUAACAAACUAUAUUUUGUUCAUCUUUUGAAAUCCAAAUAAAUAAUAACAAGCAAUUAUCAUAGUAUUGCAAGCAAUCCAUAAGUCCCCUACCGGUUAGAACCCCAUCAACAUUCUGAAGGGCCAUUGGCCAUUCACUAAUGUUUCAAUUUUUCUCUAUUUUAAGUAAAUUUGUUGGAAAAGUUCUUUAAAAGUGAUCACAGGAAACAGUUGUUAUGAACAGACAGACAGACGGACUGAAGGACACUCUAAAGUUAAUAUUUGAAACAUCCCUGUUACCAAAAUAUAACAUUUUAAAAGCAAAAUUCUUAAAGAGGAGAUAACUCUUGAAUUAAAGAUGCAAUUUUAUAAAAAUUUUCAGCUC